AUGACGAGUCUGUUCGAACAUCUACCAAAUGAACUGAUCUACGAUGUAUUUCAAUACUUGGAUACCCGAGAUUUGUAUUAUGGAUUUUGGAGAUUGAACAGUCGAUUGAAUGCGAUUCUUCGAUCUCUGAGAAACCUGUCACUGACUAUGGACAAAAAUGAUCCGGCGUUGAUUUCUGUAUUUUCUCCGCGGGUUGUUCAACUCAAACUGAACACUUGGCAUGAAAUUGAUUUAACGCGCUUCUCAAAAUUGAGAGUCUUGAUUUUACAGAGGACAACGCGUUUUCAAGUGGCACAAAUUCGACCCCAUGUAAUUCCUUAUCUGAGAUAUUUAUCUCUAUCGUUAGCAUUCGAUUUCUGGUCAUCAGCUCAACUCGCUGAAGAUGUCUUCUCCAACGGGUUUCCUUUAUUACGAUAUGCUGACUUAGGUCGUGUAGAUGUCCCGUAUACACGUUCAUGGUCGUUAUCUCCACAUCUUCUAUCUGUGUGCGUCUGCUCGGGUGAUCCAAUUAUAAUACCAUUGAUUCUCGUUUCAUGUCCAUAUUUGCGCAGUUUACAAGUACAAGUUUUCGGUGACAAUCAUCAUAUUGAUCUCCCUACAUUAAGAUUAAAUCACCCGUUGAAACGCUUUACUUUCGUAGAUUCGUAUGGAGUUUUAUCACUAAGUGACAUGAGUCUUCUCCUCAGCUAUGUUCUCAGUGUUGAAUAUAUUCAUUUAACAUUAUUUGAAAUAUCUUUUACACGUCUGGCUAGCAUUCUCAAUCAUCAUCUGCAUCGUUUGAAAACAUUCGAUUGUUAUAUCCACGAUUCAGCUGUAAACGCAGAUCUCGAUGAGAUAAGAGCAAUGAAUCCGUGUUUCGAACGAAUACAAUACUACGAAAAAAGUCACGGUGUUCGUUACUUUACAAAUAAACAGCUGUGA